CAAUGGGUGAUGUUAGAUUUGGUGAAAAGUAUUUACUACAGGAAGAGCAAGGUAAAUAAUAUAUAUGAAGCCUAUCCACGUACUACUGUACUACAGGAGAUUGGUUCCUAUGGUAGGCUUUGACCGUGGAAAAGCUGCGCUUGUCUAACCUUCAACCUCGAUCCCAUCCUAAAUCCAAAAUGCCCUCCAAAGGAUGGUUCAACCUCGAAUCCGCGGGUGGUAUGAUCCCCGAAACUCAGUUCUUCGAGGGCGACUCUGCUUUCAAGUUCCUCGGCUUAACUCGUACACAAAGAUUAUACGGCUUCAGUUGGCUGUCUCAUCAUUGGCUCGGUAGUUUUGCAGUGUUGUACACUAUUGGUAUCUUGGUGUCUCUCAUCGGCACCGGUUUUGUCAUUGGAUUUGCUUCCCAAAUUAAGCUAAUGUUCAAACCCGUACGAAUCAUCGCCACAGUCGUAUUCCUCGGCUCAGUAGGCCUCGUCUUUGUCGGUGCCUUCGUACUUAAGAACGAGGUACUUUGCAUCAUUUUCGUCAUCAUCGAAUACCUCGCCUACACCUGGUAUAACCUAUCAUACAUUCCAUACGCCCGAUCAGCAGUGCUCAAACUCGUCGGAAUGAGUUAAUUAUACGUAUGUUUACGAAACCAUCAUAAGUAACGCCUCAUGUCCCACUGCUUUGCAAUGCCAUAUCAAU